ACAUUUUAAGCUUUAGUGUGGAAUGCAACUUUUUCUUGUGUACCUGAACUUCAACUUUUUAAAACCAGCUCUUUAUUUUGCUUUUUGUCUGCAGAUAUCUUACAUACACAACUAAAGUAUUGUAAAGAUGGAAGUCUAAGAAAUUGGAGAUCGAUCAUUUCGCAGCAGGACGAGGAGGAUCGUCAACACCUCUGAAAAGUUUGCUGAAGUGUUGAUGAACACAUGCUAAUCUAAACAAAGCAACGGUAGAGGCCAGCAAUAGCUCUGCCACACCCUAAGAGAGAGAAAUGUGUAAAUGUAAUUUACAGACUGAUCUGCAGCAGGAUACGAUAGAUCAAUGGCAGCAAGUGCAGCCACAGACGUGGAUGAAAGUAAAAUCAGAUGACAACCGGUCAUCUCCUCCACCAAUCACAUCCCUCCGUUGGCUUGAGGAUGAGGGAGAUUUGAAGAUGAAGGACUCUAUUUAUCACAUCUGCACAGCAACCAUCGGUCAUACACCGCUUGACUUGUUGGAGUUUGCCAGAUUUGGGACAGGUUGAGGGUUUGUGAAGAUGCUUCGCUCUCAGAUGAAGGUGCUUGUUGUGGCUUUGUGCUCCUCCAUGCUGGCGCUCCACGUCAGCUCUGCUCCACAAAUGGACGAACUCACGGAAACCCUGCAAGCAGAACUGAUCGGCGAUAAGGAUCUAACCGGCUUGCUCUUUCUGAGAUUCAUGUCUGAACUGAUGGCGUCCAGAGAAGAGAUGAUCCGCGAGCAGGAGGAGGAGGAGGAGGACGAGCUCGGAGGCCGGCAGAGGCUGAUGAGACGACACAUCCGCUUCACCCACCGAGAGCGCAAAGCAGGCUGCCGAAACUUCUUCUGGAAGACUUUCACCUCAUGUUAGCACGAGACGCAUUAGGACCUCAAAACCUGGAAUAGUUACGUUUUUAAAACAAGUCACUGCAAAGUUACGAGUGUACAUUUGUCACCUGAAAUGUAUAAUUCAAGAUGUUUAAACUCUUCUGAAAUUAAAGAUAACUUUUGAUCCUUAAUUUACUACAUCAGGUAACAACAUAGUUACUCUGAGCCAGGAAAGGAACAUAAAUGCAUAGAAGUGUCUCAAUACAAAGCAACUCGUGCACAAAUAACAUGCAUCAAGGUGAAUAUCCACCCUUUUCUGCACAUUCAAUAAGAUACUUGCUUUUCAUUAUUCAACAUGUUUAUUCAGCCCCCCCCAAGAAACGGCCCCAAGAGUAAAUCUGACACUUGCAGGAUCGGUUCACAACAUCUUAAAAAAACACACAAAUGAUUCAGGACCUUAAAAAGUCGUCUGAGCAACGAUGAAACGUUUUACCUUAGUGAUGAAACUGCAGUAGAAAUAUUUCACGAGGUCAAGUAACAGGUGAAAUAUCCGAACCGUUUUAGCUAAAUUCACAGUCAACCAAGCAGGAUCAUUACGAUACAACGCUGAGAUGAAAUCCUUGAGGUAAGGCUUUCAAAUCUGUAGCCCUUUAGGUUUAAACACAUACAAAAAAAACAAACAAAAAAAAAAGAGGACGGAAAACAGGGAUGCUACACAUUUUCCAUUUCUUAAGUUUUAAACAUAUUUUAGCGUCUCAGUACAAAAACAUUUUUUUUUUUUUAAUGAUUUGUGUUUUUCUCAGAAUCCCCAAAAUUGUACAGAAGAUCCAUUAUGUGACCUGCAAUAAUUGUAAAGCUGUGGGAGCGUUCCAGAGUUUCUCCAUAAGAGGGUCUAAAACGUCAAUGUGCAUAAAUCAAAAUUAGAUUUUGGAGCAAUUUAUCAUUCACAAAAUUCAGAUAAUUAGCUUCAGAAAAAUGGAAAAAAAAAA